AUGAGCCCGCUACGGGCCACCAAGACGGGGCUCACAGUGUGUGUGGCACUUGGCGUGUUCCUUUUCCUCUACUUGUGGGUCCCCAGUCCUGAGGAGGCCACGCAGGCGCCCACGCUGCCCGCCGUAGCUGACUGUGGCUUUUACCCAGAUGAGCUGUGCUCGGCUCUCUUCGUAGGCAAAGUGGCGGCCCUGCAGGUGGCCAGCUUCUGCCAGAGCCCCCAAGGCUGGGACAUAGCCGGGCACCUCGCCCCGAGAAACUGCUCCCGCAUCUCCCGAGGCCUGCACUUCAUCACUAGGCCUCUGUCGGCCGAGGAGGCCAAUUUCUCCCUGGCGUAUGUCCUCACUGUUCCAAAAGAGUUGACUGCGCUUGUGCGGCUGCUCAGGGCCAUUUAUGUUCCACAGAAUGUGUACUGUGUCCAAAUGGGGGAUGAGGCCCCCGAGAAAUACCAGGCGGCCGUGCAAACCCUGGUGGGCUGUUUUGAGAAUAUCUUCAUCUUGCCCAGGAGCGAGCUGGAGGCUUCGGGGGGCUUAGCCACACUCCGGGCUGAUCUGGACUGUCUGCGGGAGCUCGUCCAGUCCAGGGUCCCCUGGAACUACGCCAUCAACCUGGGUGGCGAGGACUUCCCGCUCCGAACCAACAGGGAGAUCAUCCGCUACCUCCGAAGCCAGUGGCACGAGAAAAACAUCACCCCCGGAGCGUUGCAACCGCCCCCCACGACGCCCGACGCCAACCAGAGCCAGCCCGAGCCAGUGGCUGGAGGGGGCAUCUACAUGUCUCCCAACAAGAGGUUUGGGACGGAGCCACCCCAUAACCUGACCAUUUACUUUGGCAGUGCCGACUAUGUCCUCACGCGGAAGUUUGUGCAGUUCGUCCUCUCGGACCCGCGUGCCAAGGCCCUGCUCCACUGGUCCAGGGACAUCCAGAGCCCUGAGCGUCACUAUUGGGUCACUCUGAACCGACUGAGAGAUGCUCCAGGCGCGACCCCAGAUGCCGGCUGGGAGGGGAAUGUUCGAGCCACAAAAUGGAAAGGCCAGGAGGGCCGAGGCCACAAUGGAUGCAAAGGCCGCUACGUGCAGGACAGCUGCGUGUACGGACUGGGGGACCUGCCGUGGAUCAUCCAGUCGCCUUCCCUGUUUGCCAGCAAAUUUGAGCCCUCAGUGGACCCCCUGGUGGUGAUGUGCCUGGAGAGGCGGCACCGGCUCCGAGUGCUGCAGGACGCUGAGGUCCCCCUGGAGCCCCACUGGCGCUUUCGACACCAGACUCACUUCAACUGGGAGCUGAGCCGCUGA